CUCCGCAUGGCAGUACGCAGCGUUGGCCACGCGGCUAAUGCGGCCGCUAUUGGAAACAUGUUAUCCCUCUUAUAUUUAUAUAGAAUAGAAUAUUCUUGCAUGCACUGUAGGUGUAAUGAAAUGUAAUAAUACCAACAUACUUAUGAACAUUUCUAUGUUAAAUAUGUAUGUAUGUACACACGUCUCUUAUGUUUGUUAUGUGUAAAUGCACACAUCCAUAAAUCAGCGUCAAUCCAUAUUAAUAAACGGAAACUAUGGUGUUUAAAUAAAUUGAAACAAAUUUAAUAUAUGACGAACUGUAAUUGAGAAGCAAUGAGUAGACUUAAUUCUCCGAGUUCAAAUAAUAGUGGAACGUCUUCGGAGACGAGCGAAACACAGAGUGUUGAAGAAAACAGCAAGUUUUUUACAAACUUAACUCCAGAAAAUUUUGAAGCGCAAAAGAGGGGCUCACAGAGCUGGAAGCGUAUGAAAGAGAUUGGAGGCAAUCAAAGCGGAGAUGCGGAAAAUAAAAGGCCUCCGUGGCGGGCAGUGAGCGUAUCGACAUUACCUAAGCCAGAUAAAAAUGCCAUAUUGAGAGCAAAACUGCUUGAUGCUUCAAGGCGGUUACGGGCAGGAAAAUCUUCUAUUGGAUUGCAGGCAAAUCUAGAACUGACAAAACUACUAAAAGAUGUAAAUUUAGGUACACAAACAGAUUUGGUGCUUUAUAAGGACAUAGGAAUUUUAACCGAUGGGUUCUACACAAAGAAGAUCAACAAUGGUGAUGAGUUUAUUUUGACAUAUUCCGUUUCGCAAAUGACGGACACGGCGAAAGUUUCAGAUGCAACUACCCAAACCUUAAUUCCAAGAUUUACUGGUGAUAUAUUUUUGAAAAAAUAUUUUGCUGACAACAGUGGAAUGAAGGAACAAGUUACUAAUCCAAAUAGAAAUCUUAUUCAGCCAACACUUUUGUCAUGGAAUUUCGAUUAUGGUGAGGUUAAUAAUGAUGACAAUACCAGUAAAUUCGUACCGUACAUAAUACAGGCGAAUCGAACAAGUCAGAAUUUCUCGCCUCUACCGCGAUCAUCUCUAAGCAAUAUUCGAUUUACUGGGUAUGAUUGGAAUUUAUUUCUGCUAUCUAUUGAUGUCCUUUUAGAAGAAACGAAUAAGCUUUUGGACAUAAUUGAGGAACAAAUAGCUGCAAGACAAACUUACAAUACAACAUUAUUACAUACAAAUGGGUUAGACUCUAUUGAAGAACGUGAGUUAAUUAUUCCAUCAGAAAAAUGGUUACCGGUUAUUGAAGAAGAAGAGAAAAUUUUGGCGGAAAUGAUAACAAAUCUGUAAAAUUCAAACAAAUGAAGUAAUACCGCCCGGAU